AUGGCAAAAAAGUCCCAGAUCGACGAGAAAAAGUCCCAGAUAAUUUCUCGACGAAAAUCCUUUGUUUUCUGCGACGAUCACGGAAUAUUUCGGACUCAUGAGAUUAAUACAUCUCUUCCGAGCAUCUUUGGACCGUUUCAACUGAUAGCAACGAAAUGUGGCGGGCAUGUUUUCCCCAAAACACUGGUAAGUUAAGCAUAUUGUUUACAGUCUUGUUCGCUACACGAAACCAGAAAAAAGUUUCUUCGUAGUUGGGCAUGGGACGAUCACUGUACACUGUAUGUACACUAGUAUCAAAGGCUUCAUUUUCAUUGAACAAAAUGGGCGUUGAUUUCCUAGUUACAGGGCUAUAGUGGGCUUAUUUUGCCUUUGUUGUUCGAAUCGUUGGUAGGAGAAAAUCACGAGAAUCAUUUACACGGUUUCGCGCGAAAAGCCAAAAAAAAAAACACUACAUGCCAUUUUCAGCUGUUUGAAUAUGCUUUUUGCACUUUAUAAUAUCCUAGUACCUUGAACCUAUACCUUGCAGCUCCCAGUUCAUGCAGAACAUUCUACUGAAUAGUCUAUUUUGAAAAUAGCACCAGUAACUCAUGUAAUAUUCGGGUGUCUUAGUUUUACCUGAUUUUUAAUGAUAUGACCAUUCAGUCCUUUAUGUGAUUGCGACUUAGAGCGAUUUUACUUCACCCAUGAAACAUUUAAUAACAACUAGUGCAAAAUAUAGCUACAAAUAAACAAAAGAAGACAAUAGAAUUAGUGUAUCACUCUGAAGGAGGUUGCAAUUUUAGAGAUGGGAAAAUUUUGGAUAAUUGACACCUGCCUGACAGGCAUAAUUUCUGAGCAAGGUAUUGUACAUCAAAUGUUUAGUUUUUUAUUAUAUAUUGUCUAUUUUUUUUACCUUCCUUUACAUUAAUUUUCAGAAAGUUUUAAAGGGGAUGAAAGGAGAGCAUGUAAUAGACGACACUGGGGAUGGAAAGGAUACAGGAGCAAAAGGAAAAUGUAAUUCAGCUGAAGAAAACUUGAAAUGA